UGCAACAACGCUGAGGCAGCUACGUAACUUCCUGUUUAAACAUGGCCGCGCACUGACAAAUGUCACAUUACUUCUGCUGCUGAAAACCUACAGUUAUUUACUGUUAAUUAUAUCACCUGCUCGGCGAAUAAAAAAGGCGACAACUGGGAAGAUUUUGCUUUACUUCGUUCAACAUCCGCAGAGGAUAAUCCAGCCAACACCAUGGUUCAUUUAUCAUCACUCCUGCUAAAGAAGUACCACGGGGGUUACGUUGUCAUCCGAUUGGCUCUUGCAGGCCACAAACAAGCUAACAGACCCUUUUAUCGCAUUGUGGCAGCUUACAACAAAAGGGCAAGAGAUGGUAAAUAUAUAGAGCAGCUGGGUUCCUAUGACCCCCUCCCAAACAUCUACAAUGAGAAACUUGUCAGCUGCAACUUCGACCGAAUCAAAUACUGGAUCGGCUGUGGCGCACACCCUACAAAGCCAGUGGCCAAACUUCUAGGGUUGGCAGGAUUUUUCCCUCUGCACCCCAUGACGAUAACAGAAGCAGAGCGGCAAAGAGCCCAGAUGGAGCUGACAGAAGCAGCACCAGGAACAGAGGAUGGUCUGGAGGAGGGACAGAAGGAGGCUGAAGUGUGAGAAUUGAUGCUCGGGACUGUGUGUGACUGUCCAGUACAAAAGGAUGCCACAGUUAUUUGGAUAGAGAACUGAUCGAACCCAACUGAACUUGGGUGGACUGCUCGUAGCAACGUCAGACAUAGCAUAUUGUAGUUCUAGUUGCUUUAGUAGCAGCUAUGAACAAUUCAUAUUAAAACUGAUGAUAAAAUUCAAUACCUUCAUGUUAUGUUUUUGAGAGUGGAGUGCCAUAACAGGCAGUUGUUUUGUAUUUCCUGUUUUAUUUGACUAAAAUAAAGUAUUUCAAUAUUA